GAUGAGUAUGAGGACAAGAAUGAGAACAAAGAUGAGGAUCAGGAUGAGGAUGAGAAUGAGCAUGAGGAUGACGAUGAGGAUGACGAUAACGAUGAGGAAGAAGACGAGGAUGGGGGAUGGGAUGAAGAUGAGGAUGAGGAUGAGGAUGAGGAUGAGAAUGCGGAUGCGGAUGACGAUGAGGAUGAUGAUAACGAUAAGGAUGGAGAUUUGGUUGAGGACGAGGAUGAGGAUGAGGAUGAGAUGAGGAUUAGGAUGAGUGAGGACGAGGAUGAGGACGAAGAUGAAGAUGAGAAUGAAGAUGUGGAUAAGGAUGACGAGGAUGAUGAUGACUAUGAGGACGAGGAUGAGGGCGAUGAUGGUAAUCAGGAUGAGGAUGAGUAUUAUGAUGAAGAUCAGGAUCAAGAACAGCAUGAUGAUGAGGAUGCGGAUGAGGAUGAGGAUGAAGCUGAAGAUGAGGAAGAGGAUCAGGAUAAGGAUCAGGAUGAGAAUGACGAUAAAGAUGAGGAUCAGGAUCAGGAUCAGGAUCAGAAUGAGGAUGAGGAUGAGAAGGAGAAUGAGAUGAGGACGGGAAUGGGGAUGACGAUUAGGUUGAGGAUGAAUGAUAAUGAGUAUGAGGCUGAGGAUAACGAUGAGGAUAAGGAUGAGGAUGAUGAUGACGAUGAGGACGAGGAUGAUGAUGAUGAUGUUAAUGAGGAUGAGGAUGAGGAUGAGGCUGAGGAUGAGCAUGAGUAUGAGAUGAAAAUGAGCAUGAGAAUGAGGAUGUCGAUGAGGGAUUACGAUGAUGAUGGGGACGAUGAGGAUGAGGAUGAGGAUGAGAUUGAGCAUGAGGAUAAGUAUCAGGAUGACGAGGAGGAUGACGACAAAGAUGAGGAUGAGGAUGGGGUUGCGGACGAGGAUGAGUAUGAGUAUGAAGAUAAGGAUGACGAUGGGGAUGAGGACGAGGAUGAGGAUGAGGAUCAGCAUGGGGAUGAUCAUGAGGAGGAGGAUGAUGAUGAGGAUGAGAAUGAGGAUGAGCAUGAGGAUGUGGAUGAGAAUGAAGAGGAGGAUGAGGAUGAGAAUGAGGAUGAGAAUGACGAUGAGGAUGAAAAUGAUGACGAUGAAGAGANGAGGAUGACGAUGAAGAUAAGGAUGAGAUGA